CAUUGCCUCGUGCCCGCGCCGGUCGGUUGGUGGCGCCUUUGUCCUACGGCGGGCAGGUGGGCUGAGGCGAAGGCGGCAGCGGCGGGCCUGAGGUGAAGGAGCAGCCGGGAGCCCGCCGCGCUGGUAGCGAUAUUAAUAAGGCAGCGGAAAGAAGAAAUAUGAAUACGGCUCCAUCAAGACCCAGCCCCACACGAAGGGAUCCAUAUGGCUUUGGAGACAGUCGAGAUACAAGGCGUGAUCGAUCCCCAAUUCGAGGAAGUCCAAGGAGAGAGCCCAGGGAUGGCAGAAAUGGCCGGGAUUCCCGGGAUAGCAGAGACAUUCGAGAUCCCCGAGACUUGCGGGACCACAGAGAGAGCAGAGACAUUCGGGAUCACAGAGACAGCAGAAGUAUGCGUGAUGCUCGGGACAUGAGGGAUUUUAGAGACUUCCGUGAUCUAAGAGACUCUAGGGAUUUUAGAGAUCAUCGGGACCCUGUUUACGACAGAUAUAGAGACAUGAGAGACUCCCGAGAUCCUAUGUACAGAAGAGAAGGUUCUUAUGACCGAUACCUGCGAAUGGAUGACUAUUACAGGAGAAAGGAUGACUCUUACUUUGACCGUUACAGAGAUAGCUUUGAUGGACGAGGUCCUCCCGGCCCAGAAAGUCAGUCUCGUGCAAAAGAGCGUUUGAAACGUGAGGAACGGCGUAGAGAAGAGCUGUAUCGUCAAUAUUUUGAGGAAAUCCAGAGACGCUUUGAUGCUGAGAGGCCUGUCGAUUGUUCUGUGAUUGUAGUCAACAAGCAGACUAAAGAUUAUGCUGAAUCUGUGGGGCGGAAGGUGCGAGACCUGGGCAUGGUAGUGGACUUGAUUUUCCUCAACACAGAGGUGUCGCUAUCACAAGCCUUGGAGGAUGUUAGCAGAGGAGGAUCUCCUUUUGCUAUUGUCAUCACCCAGCAACACCAGAUUCACCGCUCCUGUACAGUCAACAUUAUGUUUGGAACCCCACAAGAGCAUCGCAACAUGCCCCAGGCAGAUGCCAUGGUUCUGGUGGCGAGAAAUUAUGAGCGCUACAAGAACGAGUGCCGGGAGAAGGAACGUGAGGAGAUUGCCAGACAGGCAGCCAAGAUGGCCGAUGAAGCCAUCCUACAGGAGAGAGAGCGAGGAGGCCCUGAGGAGGGGGCACGUGGGGGGCACCCUCCUGCCAUCCAGAGCCUCAUCGACCUGUUGGCAGACAACAGGUACCUCACUGCCGAAGAGACUGACAAGAUUAUCAACUACCUGCGAGAGCGGAAGGAGCGGCUUAUGAGGAGCAGCACCGACUCUCUGCCUGGCCCGAUUUCCCGCCAACCACUCGGGGCGACCUCGGGUGCCUCGCUGAAGACACAGCCAAGCUCUCAACCACUCCAGAGUGGCCAAGUGCUCCCCUCUGCUACACCCACUCCAGCUGCACCCCCCACCUCCCAGCAAGAGCUUCAGGCCAAAAUCCUCAGCCUCUUCAAUAGUGGCACGGUUGCGGCCAAUAGCAGCUCUGCAUCCCCUUCAGUUGCUGCCGGAAGCACCCAGAACCAGAGUUUUUCUACAGCAGCGAACAGCCAGCCUCAGCAAAGAUCACAGGCCUCUGGCAGUCAGCCUCCAAACAUUCUGGGACAGGCAGGAUCUGCUCGGAACAUGGGCCCCAGGCCUGGGGCUCCUUCCCAAGGCCUCUUUGGCCAGCCUUCCAGUCGCCUGGCACCUGCUAGCAACAUAGCUAGCCAGAGGCCUGUGUCUUCCACAGGUAUCAACUUUGACAAUCCAAGUGUACAGAAGGCUCUGGACACUCUGAUCCAGAGUGGCCCUGCUCUCUCCCACCUGGUUAGCCAGACCACAGCACAGGUGGGACGGCCUCAGGCCCCCAUGGGAUCUUAUCAGAGGCAUUACUGAGGCUAAGUUGUUCAUCUGCUCCCAGUCCCCUCAUUCCCUGGCCUCCUCCCAUUUAUUGCGUUCUAAAUAGAAUUGUUUGGAGGAUGUUCUUUGUGCUUUCCAGGUCUACGUCAAAUGUCAUAAGUUUCUACCACCUGCUCUCUCUUCUGCCCAAGGCUGUGUUGAUUAUUCCUUACAGAGUCAGAGUUUAUAUUGCAUUUGAAGGUGUACCUUUUCUGUUUUCGUUUUUUGGUUCUUUUGUAGAAAAUAAAUAUCUCUGGGGUCACUUGGGCUGUAUAGGUAUCUGGGCUCAGUUUAUAUUUGAUGGAGUUUCUCUGGUCCCUCUGUCUGCUGGAUUUGGGGGAGGAAAGGAAGAAGCCAAUCCCCAGCUGGCUGUGUUUGGAAUGAUAUUUGUCAUGUCAGUGGACACCACCUUCUUUCGUUUUGAGCCUACCAAGGCUUCCAGCAUCACACACGUCAACCAGAGCUCGAUCUCCUGCCUACAGUUCUUGCCUUGGGUUGCAGACGAGCAGACUGGACUUGGCAGGCACAAUGUCGUCAUGCCCCCAUCCUGUGUAUAUGGGGGAUCUGCUUAAGGAUUCAGAAAUCGGCGUCUCUGGAUUGUUGAAGAAUGGCCGUGGCAGCCACAGAAGAAGGAACUUUUCUGUCUGAGCCAGGAUGGUUUUUCUUUUUUUCUUUUUUGUUGUCAUUUCAUUAGAGGAUCUCCAAUGGACUGAACAGCUCCAGUCAGCAGCAGUUUAACACAAACUGUGAAUCUGGGCACCCCCAUUCUUCCCCCUUACCAUUUCUGUCAUCAUCACCCUCUCCAGUGGCAGUUCCACAGAAUUGGUUCUGAGACACUGGCCGCGAACACCCAUUUAUUCAGUGAUUUGUUUUGAGCUCUUGGCUCAGAAACCCGGGCUCUUGUUUUCAUCUAGACUCUUUUUAUGUUUUCUGAGCAGUGGGAGGUAGGGACCAUUUUGAUGUCAGACUUUCGGUAGCUGGACAUGUUCUUGAGACAGAUGGCUAUUUGUAACUUUUAAGCCAGAGUAAAAUUGUUAGAGAACGGCCUUCUGAGCUGUCGCUCUAGAUGGAGCCACAGGAAGCUGCCCUUUCUUUAGAGAUUGUGCUCAUUAGAGCCCUGUGGAUCACAGUCUCAAGGGCCUCUGGCAGGAGCCAGGGAGAGCAGUGACCUCAGCUGAGUCCCCUGCCCAUGGCUGAGCAAACAACGGUUGCAAAACUCAAGGUCCCCAAAUGGGAGCAUUAUAUGUUCUGGCCUGUUUGUGUUAUAUAGUGGGUUUUUUGGGGUGUUUUUUUUUUUUUUUUUUUCGGUUUUUUUUGUUUGUUUUUCCUCUUUGGAACU